AUGGACAUAGAGGACCUGGCUCACUCGUCGAGCUCUUACAAUGCAGCGUCGAGGCAAGACCCUCUGGCGACCCGAGCUGGCCCCCUGGUGGCAGAGGGGUUGGAGCAAAUGAGCGAGAGGAGAUACAACGAGAAGUGUGGAGUCUUUGGCGUCUUCAACGUUGAGAAGGCCUCUCACACGUGUUACUAUGGGCUGGUGGGGCUGCAGCAUCGUGGACAGGAAGGGUCCGGGAUGGUCACGGGAGAUAUCCUGCCUGAGUUGAAGAGUGGGAUGGGGAAGGAGUUUGACAUCCACAAGGGGAUGGGGCUCGUGACUGACACCUUCACCCCUGAGGUGCUCAACACUCUCAAGGGAAACUGUGCGGUGGGACACACGCGGUACUCGACGGCUGGGGGGAAGACACAGCUGGCCGGGUACCAGCCGUUUGCUGUUCGCUACGCUCUGGGGAAUCUGGCGCUGGCGCACAACGGAAACUUGUCGAACUUCAAUGAGCUGAGGACGUUCUUCGAGCAUCACGGGGUGCUGAUGCAGACCUCAGUGGACUCAGAGCUGUUCUUGCACCUCAUCUCGCACAGCAAGCGAAGGAGUCAGAUUGAUCAGAUCUUCGAUGCCAUGACGCAGGCAGAGGGGGCCUUCUCCUGUGUCGUCAUGACCGACGAGAGCAUGAUCUGCGUGCGAGACCCCAACGGUUUCCGUCCGCUCGUGCUUGGGAAGUUGCCCAAGAGAGGUGUAAAUGGAACAGACGGCUUCUGUGUGGCCUCAGAGACUUGCGCGCUGGAUCUCUGCAAAGCUGAAUAUGUCCGAGACGUGGAGCCAGGAGAAAUGAUCGUCAUCAACUUCAAGUCGGUCAAGUCGGGAACUUUUGCUUCCCUUCACCUCCCGAACAAGUUCGGUGUCUCCCAGUGCAUCUUUGAAUACGUCUACUUCGCUCGCCCGGACUCGAUGGUAUUCGGAGACUACGUCACCAAAGUUCGCCGUGCUCAUGGUAGGCAACUUGCGCGAGAACAUCCUGUCCCCGAGGUUGGCGAGGGAGAGCUUCCUCCUGUCGUCAUCCCAGUCCCUGACUCCGCCACUCACGCAACGAUCGGCUUCGUGGAGGAGUCGGUGAGGCUCGGCAGAGCUUGCAUUCAGGAUCUGGGAUUCUUCAGAAAUCCUUACGUGGGUAGAAGCUUCAUCGCUCCAUCCCAGGAGUACAGGGACCUCAAAGUUAGAUGCAAGUUCAAUCCGUUGACGCACGUCUGCAAGGACAGAGUCGUCGUGCUCCUGGACGACUCCAUUGUGAGAGGCACGACAGCUCGGCAGCUCAUCGGGCUCGUCCGUUCUGCGGGAGCGAAGGAAGUACACUUCCGAGUAGCAAGCCCUCCCGUCACAGACCCGUGCUUCUUCGGCAUGGACUUUCCUUCCAAGGGAGAGCUCUUGUUCAACCAGCACCAUGGUGACAUCCCGUCCAUGGCUGCCUGGCUGGGUGUGAAGACGAUGGGGUAUCUCAGUGCCAACGGACUUGUGGAGUCCACGAUAGAAGCUUCCGGGGCCCGCUAUGGCUUUUGCAGAGCUUGCUUCACCGGGGUGUAUCCCGUACCGGUGAACGCGGAGGAGCCAACACCGCUCGCUGCGAACGUUCCGGAGAACAUAUUCACGAAGCGAUAG